CGCGAGCACAGCGGCGGAAGAGCAGCAGCAGCAGCAGCUGUCAACUCGGGGUCGACGCUCCGGUCGCCAAUCGCACCACCGUCGCGAUAGGAAACCCCAACGAGCCAGCUUCGAUCCACGCCUACCUAUCGCUGGCGGGCCAUGGCCGAGGGGACAGGCUGCGAGGCGUCGAAAGCGUGCUUGGCCAAGAUAGUGAUGGUGGGUGACUCCUUCGUGGGGAAAACCUCUAUCCUCGGGCGAUACACCGACCUUUGCCCCACCGCCCUGGCGCCGCUGCCUUCCUAUAUCACCACCGUCGGCAUUGAUUUCAAAGUGAAAACAAUUUCAUGUGAUAAUACAACUAUGAAACUUCAAAUAUGGGACACUGCUGGCCAGGAAAGAUUUCAUACAUUUACUACUGGUUUUUUCCGAGGAGCACAUGGAUUUGUUCUUGUUUAUGAUAUCACAAAUGCAAAAAGCUUUCAAGGAAUUGCACACUGGAUGAAAGAUAUAUAUGAGAAAGCAGGUGAAAAUACGGACAUAAUACUGCUGGGUAACAAGUGCGAUAAGGAAGCAGAACGUGUAAUUUCAAAAAACAGAGGCGAAAAGGUGGGUAUGUAUUAAAAGGGAUUGCCAUACUUUGGGUUAUAUUACAAAAAUAUAAACU